AUGGAUCUCUGUCAGCAAACAGGUCCCGGACUCAAAUAUGCUUUCUGCUUGGCAGUUGUUGGUCGUCUUCAAGAACUACGGGCCCAGAACUACGAAAAAUCUUACUUGUUAAGUCAGGCUGGAUUUGUUCUUGAACAAAGAGUACUUCCAAAAUACCAUGAUGAAGAUACAAAAGCCAACAAAGAACGGUCUUUUGUGGAUGUUUGUACGUCCUUGAUGCUUCCUCCCCACUCCAGUGACGUGGAAUGGUCGAAAAAGGUGACGAGUGCCGAAAUUAUUCGAGCCAUCAAUAUGGAUGAACUGCUCCAGAAGAAGAAAGAAAUGGAUAGAAAUCACGAAUUGGCUCCUAAACUCACCACCAUGUUGAAACAGUGUGUGGUUUCGAUCCACGCGGAUGAAAGUGAUGCAGUUGCCGAGUAUCUUGUUGGACUCAGCUCCAAUAUCGACGACCUUCCGCCGUCAUCUUCGGCAAUUUUGACCGAAACAGCUGAGACGUUGAGUUCUGGCUCGCAAACCUCUAGUCUAAGUGCCAUUUUCGACUUGUUUGGCCUGGCAUUGAUGGCACAUCUCGCAGUGAUUGUGGUCCCUGAAUCUGACUCUCACAUUAAAAUCCUCAGGGAACAAGGAAAUAGCCUUAUGGCCAACCUGGCGUACCCUCAGGCUAUACAAAUCUACACCACCGCUUUGCAUUAUUCGUCAUUUGCAUCCCAGCAGCAUGUGCUGCAAAUAUUAACCAAUCGUGCCAUUGCAUACAUCGGGCUCAAUUGCUUUCCAGAAGCAAUUACAGAUCUAAACAGUGCCUUAGUUGCCGACCGUACGUUCACUCCAGCAUGGAUCCAGCUAGGCUACUGUCACUUGUAUAUGGGCCUGGGACUCAUGGCUCUUCAAAUGUACCACAUGGCACUUCGUACAAUGAUUGGAGAUGUUUUUCCAGAGAGACUUAUACAUGAACAUGGCGAUGUCAUCGAGUCGUAUAAGCGACUCAAGAAAAAAUCUGUUAUGCCGCUGCUUGUCCGCAAGGUUGUACUGUCACUUCUACUUACUGAGCGUCGGGCCAAGCAACAGCAUGAGCCUGUAGGGCAGAUUCAACUUGUGACAUCUGACGUGAAAAAUAUUUUGAACAACCUUGCACAAGAUGCCUCUGAAGAAGAUAAGCCAUCGUUCGUCUAUCCUUCUUCAUACGAACGUCUUGGUGCCCUGCGAGUCGAACGUGCCAACAGAUCGCAUCCAGAUAUCUUGAGCCAUGAUAUUGCCCAGGACAUUUUGGCCAACACUGGCUUUGAGUCCAACAACGUAACUCCGCCAGCACCGCCGCCCGUCGUGGCAGCUACAGAAACGGGGUUCAAUGCUACACAGACUGUUGACAACGACACCUCAAUUGCAGAUUCCAAUUCCAACACCAACCCUACCAACAAUAGAAGCACUACGGGAAGCGGACCGGGAGACGCUGCUACUGCUGCGCGGGCUGCUGCUGCCUCUUCUCAAGGCCCUAAUAUCAGGAAUAUACUCAAUAGCAUUGGUCGUAUGGCCGAACUGGGAGAAACCAGCCAAGAAACAACCCCCAAUUCUAUGAUGUCUGACGUAUCCAGGGCUUUCAUAGACUCUUUUACAGGCGGUGUGGGGGCGAUUUUGGCGCUGCUGUUCGGAGAGGGUCAAAACGAAAGUAGAAAUGGAAAUCAGAAUGAGACAAAUUCGAGAGAGAACAGAGAUACAGAAAUGCCCGAGGAGCCGGACCUCGAUUAG